AUGCUUAAUGCUGAUACCACGAAAAGCGAGGAUACUUUGAGUACAGAAAUGGAGUGCCUUGGUGACAAGGUAGUCAAGGCGAGCCAUCUGUUGGAAGUGCAAAGCGAAGGUCAUCGUUCUACGAUUGAAACUAGAGAGGAUCAACUGCAAGUAGAAUCGCAACCACUUGCGAUUGCUUCUCCUGGCGUGACGACCGCCAGUACCCCGAAACGCCAUCACCCUGCCUCACCUGUCAUUAACUAUGCAACCGACGAGACCAGUGUUGGCAAUGCUGCUCAAUCCAAAAGCGAAGACUCUGCUUCCAGUACGACUUCUCUUUCCGCCAACUCUGCUGCAUCCCCGCCACUCGAAGAUUUGGAGCAGGAGAAGCACGUAGAAGACUGUGAUAUGACCAGAGCCACCCCUUUAUUGAACGAAAAUUCUCUUGUAAAUGUAAAGACAUCAGCUUCUUCCAUAAGACAAAGUGCAGCAAAGCGACAGCAUUUAGCUCAAAUGGGAACAAUCGAAACGGGUCUCUUCUUCCCAGGCCUAAUGCAUCGGGAUCGAACCUCUCAAAUUCUUCUCGAACCAAAGCUGCUUCCAGGUCUAAGAGGGUAUCGGACCGCUUUUCUUUUCCACAAAAUAUGUUUCAUCUUCAAUUUUGGCAUUCAAAUCUGGCUAUCCCUUACAUGA